UUGAUGUUCACAAAUGUUAAUAAUAAUAAACUGAGAUAAAAAUAAUUACAAAAUAAAAUAAAAAAUAAGGUAAAUAAAAAAUUACAAGCAAUUUUAUGUUUUGUAUUUCUUCCCGUGAUAACUGUUACACCCGUACCUGUUAGUGAACUGAUGUGGUGCACAUGCUGCUAUAGGCUGUGUGUGUGUGUGUGUGUGUGUGUGUGUGUGUGUGUGUGUGUGUGUGUGUGUGUAAAUCUGUUUAAAUGCUGAAAUGUUUAGUGCAUUUGUUUCUAUAUGUUUAUUCGACAGGUUUCUUCACUACAGCACUCGUGAUCUCAAACUUUACAGAUAUUUCCUUCUUCCUGUUCUGUUGUAAAAUGUUUUAAGGUUCCUUCAUAAACCUCUCAGCUUUUACAUGUUAUUAAGAUUUUGCUAGCAUUUCACUCACCUCAUAGAAUAUGUAAAAUAGCAUUACAAUGAUCACAUAACUGAACAUAGUGUUAACCACCCAGUUCUUUACCCAGUUCUUCACCCAGUUCUUCACCCAGUUCUUUACCCAGUUCUUCACCCAUUUCUUCACCCAGUUCCUCACCCAGUUCUUUACUCAUUUCUUUACCCAGUUCAGGGUUGAGUUAUAACAUGAUGGUUUCUUUAUCAGGAAGGAAGAGGAAACACAAAAACACUGAGUCAAUGGCAUUCUUCAAAAGUUUCCAGGAGAGCCUGUCUUCUGUGUCGGUCUCUUCCAUCCUUGACUCUGUGUCCAGCACUGUCUCAAACACGGUGGAUGGCGUGAGGACGGCGGUGAGUGAUGUCACAUACACAGUGAGUGAUCAGCUGACGGAGCAGGUCAACACCAUCAUAAACAAGAAGCAGGGAGAAGAUGAGGACAAGGGGAAAGGGGAGGAGGGCAAGGCGUCCUCUGAAAACGACUCAGAUGGCAGGAUGGGAGCAGGAGGACGAGUAAACUCAAAGAGACAAGCUUAUGCAGACGAGGAGGAAGAGAGGCGCGAGAAAGAGAAGCAGGAGCAGGAGAGGAAGAAUGAGGAGGAGCAGUGGGAAUGGUGUCAUGCUCCAUCCAAAGGCUGGUACCGCAAACGCAGAGACCCAAACCAGAAAGACACCAGUGCAGAAAGACCGGCAGAGAGACAAGAGAAUAAAAACCAGAGGACAGGAACGAGUGAACAGCUGUCCUCCUCUAACUUACAGGAAGUGACAGCUGUAAAGAUGGAAAAUAAUGAUGGAGGACAGAAGGACACAAAUACCAAAGCUGAGACAGAAAAAUGUCCAAACUCCAACAACAACCAGACAAAUGGACACAUCAAAGAUGGAGAUACAGAAAAUGGACAUGCCCAAGACAGAGACAGGAAUGAAUCAGACUCCACAUCUGCUUUGCUUACCCAAAACACUGGGGGUAAAGCUGCUGAAGGAGGAGCUGCUAAAAGUGGAGCUUCAGGGGAAGGAGAUGCUGCGGGUGGAGCUGCAGAGGUUGAAGCUUCAGCGGGAGGGGCUGCGGAGGGUGGAGCUACUGGGGGUGGAGCUUCAGGGGGAGUAGCUGCUGGUGGAGAAGCUGCUGGGGGUGGAGCUGUACAGAGUGGUGAUGUGGAGAGACAGUUACCGGAGGCAGAGGAUGGGGAAAGUGCAGAAGGUGCGACAGGUGACACUACUAUUUUAAAUACAUUUCAUAUUGCAGAGUUACCAUUACCCCAUGUUCGUGCUAAUGCUAAAUGUAAUGCUAGCUUCCUGCUUUUCCCAGGCAGCAGAAGGUCAAGAGGCUCAAGUGACCUGAAGUACCAGCAGGAAGAGGAAAGAGCCACAGGGAUAGAGGGUCAUUUAGAGGUCACUGAGGACAAGAAGGAUGCAGAGCACUCCAUUAACAAAAGCCGCUUUCGACGCUGUACUCUCCUUUGAGGCUCCACCCAGUCGCCAGCCUGUUUAAUCAUGUACCAUGUGACAAAAUCCUACCUUCACUGAUAGAGAGAAGAUCUCCCCAAUACGGGAUUAUGAUCAGAGAUCGGUGGAGUGAAGAGACGACGAUGAGGAUCAUGUUUAAAAACCACACUUAAAAGUCACUUUUGACAUAGGUGAUGAGACUGAUGUGGAUGAAACAAAAAAUCAAAGUGCGAAUUCUUUUCCUGUUUCAAACUCCAGCAGAGUUCAGCGGUGAAGAUGUUCUUCCAUCAGUAGAUGAGGUCCUGCAUGUAAAAGUAAAGAUAAACAGCAUGUCAUUCACUGAUAAUGGAAUAAAAUAUAUAAACAUUACAUUGAUUUUCUCUCUUUUUCAUUCAUAUUUUAAUGUUAAAAUUC